CCAGGACCGAAGAUAUUCGGAGGGGUCAUAGCGCUGACGCAAGGCCAUUGAGUUUGCUGUCUUUGGCCUUCAUAUCUAUCUCGGCGUUAUCAUCCCCGCAUCGCGUGGCGGCAUCGAAACCGCGUCAUCCAUCGAUCCGCCCGCCUGACGCGCCUCCCGUCCAAUCCCGUGCCGCGCGGGAGCCUGGGCCCUCCGCCGCGCCGCGUAUAAAACCACGACGCCGCCCCGUCGCCACCCAUCUCCUCCUCCCCCAUCGCGUCAGAAGAGGUGUGUAACCCGUGAGAUCGUCCAGCUCGUUCCUGACAUCGUCCCCAGCCACCUCCGCUCCUCUCACUCACCCACCACCACCAACCACCAUGUGCUGCACAGCCCACACCCAGCCCUCCUCCACUCCCGCCUCCGCCAAGGCCACCACCGGCGACGCGGCGGCGCCCACGAACGCGAGCGCGCCCCAGUGCUGCCACUGCGGCUGGCGCGGCGCGCACGCCCCGGACUGCCCGUUCAAGUAGACGGCGCGCGAGCCUGGUCCGCGCGUGAGAGGUGCGC